AUGGCAGCUCUUGCCAGCUCCCUCAUCAGACAGAAACGGGCGGUCAAGGACGACCAAACCAACCGACCGGUCGCCAACAAGCGCAGGCCCUGUCCCAAGAGCAACAAGUCCCUGUGCCAAAAACAGAUCCUGGUCCUGAUCUCCAAAGUUCGACUAUGCGGGGGUCGGAAAACCAGGAACGACAAAAGGCCAGAUCAAUUUUUACGACCGCCCCAGGUAAAUGGUGAGGGUUGUGUCAGGAAGGAGCCACAGCUGAAAGGCAUCGUUUCCCGGCUCUACAGCCAACAUGGAUACUACCUGCAGAUGCAGCCCGAUGGCACUGUGGGCAGCACAAAGGAGGAGGGAAGCUCCUUCACACAGUUCAACCUAAUUCCAGUGGGACUACGGAUUGUGGCAAUUCAAGGGACAAAAACAGGGCUGUACCUCGCCAUGAAUGGGGAAGGAUACCUCUAUACAUCGGAGAACUUCACUCCCGAGUGCAAGUUUAAAGAGAGCGUGUUUGAAAACUACUACGUCACGUAUUCAUCCAUGCUGUACCGUCAGACCCAGUCUGGCCGCUCCUGGUAUAUUGGCAUCAACCGGGAUGGUCAGAUUAUGAAAGGCAACCGGGUGAAGAAGACCAAAGGAGCCGCCCAUUUCCUGCCUAAAGUCAUAGAAGUUGCGAUGUACAAGGAGCCGUCCCUUCACGAGCUGGUCAGUGAGCCCGUGAGCCCUCCUCGGAAGACGGCCAAGACCUCAGAUUCUCCAUCCCUGAAGAACGGACGGAGAGAAUCUGCCAAGGCUGAUGCCUCCUAGCACAGGAGACUGAGGGUGAGACAGAGGGCACAAGUGACACUGUGAACUCAGUUGCCCACAAUGCACUGAGGGUGGCCGAAGGAACAGCACGUUUUGGCCACCACACUCCUGAAGUGCACUACGAGAUGCUGAGGGUUAAAGGGCCAGCAGGAGCCAAGAAGGCCAAGGGAGGAGUCGCCCCACACUCCCAAAGGAA